CACUCUCCGACGUUUUGCUUGGCCGGUGAAUUUUCUCACAUCUGGAAGUCGCCCGAAAGCCCGUCUCAUGUACCACCACCGCAGCCGCGCCGCCACGCACAAGGGCGCUACGUCCCACUACCACAUGAAGUACUCGGCCAUGGAGCUCGAGGACGAGCUCAUGGACAGCUACGCCUGCAACUACAACUUCGACCAUGGCCACGCCGCGAGCCACCGCCAGGUUCAGACGUCGGCGACGGCAAGCGACGCGACUGCUGACUUGCAGAUGCUCGUCACAGCGUUCCCAGAGGUCGAUGCGGCGAUCGUUCAAGACAUCUUCAUUGCCAAAAACUACGACGUUUGCAGCACUGCUGAAGCCUUGAGCGGUCUCAUGGCCCCGGCGCCGGUCGUUACUGCCCCGUCCGACACGGACGACGACGACGACCAGUGGAGCUUUCACGACGAUGCUGAAGACACUGCUUCCGUUGGCUCUCUUGACUGGGUCGUCGUGCAAGACGAUUGGGAUGUGGCUGACGACGGCGGCGCGCACCCCUCUUGUCGCUCGUACAGUGACGUGCUCGUCGCGCCGUUCGCUGGGCAAGGUGUCCCAUUUGAGUUCUUUCCGCCGGCCAAGGCGUUGCGUGACGACGCGCCUGUCGUCACCACCCACAGCAGCAACAUCGAGAAGGAUGCAUUCCAAGAAGUCAACGACUACUACAGCAUCAAAGAGUAUGGCCAGCGCCGCGCCCACCACGACCGUCUCCACCCCCGCAAGACCAAGGCCGCUAAAGCGCCAUCGACGAAGAAGGGCAAGUAG